AUGAGUAACUCCAAUGCAGGAAAUAAUAUUAAAGUUGUGUGUCGUUUUCGACCACAAAACUCUCGUGAAAUUAGAGAGGGUGGUGUCCCAAUUAUUGAUUAUGAUGAAAAUGGAGAAACAUGUCGCAUGGAGGGCAAAGAAUUUCAAGGAAACUUUACAUUUGAUCGAAUAUUCCCACCGGAUACUACUCAAAAAGCUGUAUUUGACGAGUCUAUAAAACCAAUUGUCGAUGAGGUCAUUUCUGGUUAUAAUGGAACUGUGUUUGCUUAUGGUCAAACUGGUUCCGGAAAAACACAUACCAUGAUGGGUAAUAUGGAUGAUGAUGAAUUUAAAGGUCUUAUUCCUCGAAUCGUGGAACAAAUCUUUGCAAGUAUCAUUGCCUCUCCAUCUACAAUUGAGUAUACUGUAAAAGUUUCAUAUAUGGAAAUUUAUAUGGAAAAAAUUAGAGACUUGCUUAAUCCCCAAAAUGAUAAUUUACCAAUUCACGAAGAAAAGAAUAGAGGUGUUUACGUUAAAGGUCUUUUAGAAGUUUACGUAAGCUCUAUACAAGAAGUAUAUGAAGUUAUGAAACGUGGUGGUAGUGCUCGUAUUGUGGCAUAUACAAAUAUGAAUGCUGAAAGUUCUCGAUCACAUUCAAUCUUUGUUAUCACUGUUAACCAAAAAAAUCUUACCGAUGGUAGUGUAAAAAGUGGUAAACUUUCUCUUGUUGAUUUGGCUGGUUCCGAAAAAGUCGGAAAAACAGGUGCCUCGGGUCAAACACUAGAAGAAGCCAAAAAGAUUAAUAAAUCUUUAUCAGCUCUUGGAAUGGUAAUUAAUGCCUUGACAGAUGGAAAAUCAACACAUAUUCCAUAUCGUGACAGUAAACUUACUAGAAUCCUUCAAGAAUCGCUGGGUGGUAAUUCCCGAACGACAUUGAUCAUAAAUAGUUCACCUUCUUCUUUCAAUGAAGCAGAAACUUUGAGUACUUUGAGAUUUGGUAUGAGUCCUGCCGAACUUAAAGCCCUUCUUAAAAAAGCUAAGAGUGAAGCUGUUAGCUUCCAACAAUACAUUUCAGCUCUUGAAGGGGAAGUCGGUGUUUGGCGUUCGGGUGGUAAUGUUCCAAAAGAAAAAUGGGCUUCGAUGGAAAAAGGUUCAAGUUCUACUGCACCUCCUACACCUACUACUCCAACUAAUCCAGCAAUUGAGGCUGCCAAGAAAGAACUUGAUUCUCGACCAAGCACCCCUGCCCCAAUAUUAGAAAAAGAUGAAAGAGAAGAAUUUCUAAGACGAGAAAAUGAACUUACUGAUCAAAUUGCAGAGAAAGAGUCGAUAUUGGCAAAUCAAGAAAAAGUUCUUUCAGAAAUGAAGGAAGAACUUGAUUCUUACAAGGUUCACGAGGAAUCAAUUACAAGGGUUCAAUUAGAAAAGAUCACCUAUGAUAACAAAGAAAGCGAUAUAACUAUGGACAGUCUACGUGAAGCCAAUGCGGAAUUAACUAAUGAAUUAGACGCACUUAAGAGAUCACUUACGGAUCUUAGGGCUGCCCAAAAGGAGGGUGAUAAGGAACAAAAGAAACAAGAGAAAAUGGCCCAAAUUCUUGCUGAGCUUGAUCCAACAGGAGUUAUUUCAGCUAAAGAAAAACAAAUCCGAGAUACAGUACUUAAACUUGAAUCAAUCGAUUCUGCUCAGGAGAAUGUAACAAUUAACAUAGAAGAACUUAUAUCUGUACGUCAUGAAUUGGCUGAGUCAAAAGCAUUAGUUUCUACGCAUGAGCAAACGAUCAACGAGUUACACCAAGAAAAUGAACAUUUAACACGAAAGAGAGAUGAACUUGAGUAUAGAUUGAAUAGUUUGGAACUUGAAUAUGAAGAACUUUUAGACAAGACGAUUGCUGAAGAAGAAGCUAAUAAUAACAUCGAUAUUAGCGAGACGAUAGCAGAGCUGAGACUCAAUUUUGCACUUGUUGAUUUGAAGAGAGCAAAUGAAGAAUUACAGAUCGCUAUAAAUGAGAAAGAUGCUAGAUCCGAAUCUCAUAAGAAUGUUGCAGAGAAAGAAAAGGAUAUGGAAAGAAUUCGUAAGACUAUGGCUCAACAGUUGGCCGAUUUUGAUGUUAUGAAGAAAGCACUUAUGCGAGAUUUACAAAAUCGAUGCGAAAAAGUAGUUGAACUUGAAAUAUCAUUAGAUGAAACGAGAGAACAAUAUAACAAUGUCUUACGUAACAACAAUAACAAAGCACAACAAAAGAAGAUGGCAUUCUUAGAGAGAAACUUGGAACAAUUAACGAAUGUACAGAAACAACUUGUUGAACAAAAUUCAUCACUAAAGAAAGAAGUAGCUAUCGCUGAACGAAAACUCCUUGCUCGUAAUGAACGUAUUCAGGCUCUGGAAGCCCUAUUACAAGACGCACAAGAGAAACUUACCACACAAAACCAAAAAUUCGAAGCACAACUGCAAGCCGUUCGAGAACGAUUAGAACAAGCAAGAUCUGUAAAAUCACAAUAUCAAAAUAAUUCAAAAUCUAUACCACCUCAGUAUCCAUUACAUUCGAAACAAACUUCACAACAAUUUCAGUUACAAAAUAAUUCAAAGCCAACAUCACCACAAUAUAAAUUACAGAAUCAAAAUAAUCAAUCACAAAUACCUCAUAAUCAAAAAGAAGGAAAAAAAAAAAAAGAGGGAAGAGAAGGAAAUAAAGGAAAUGAGGGAAGAGAGGAAAAUAAGGGAAAUGAAGGAAAUGAGGGAAAUGAUGUGAAAAAAAAAAAUUCAAUUAAAAAAGAUAAGCAUAAAGAAUUUUGUAUUAAAUAUGGGAUAAAAUUUUCGAAAGAGGAUAUAAUUCAUCAAGUUUGUACUCAUAAAUCUGUUAUCUCCAAUACUGCACCAACAAAUGAAAGAAUAGAUUAUUUAGCAAUACAACUUUAUGCAGCAGAAUUUUUAAUUGAUAGAGUUCCAUCUGAUGAAUUACAUGAUAGAGUUGAAUUGUAUACAAAAAAUUCGGAUAAUUUAGGUAAAAUUGGAAUGAGAAUGGGUUUACAUGAAUUAUUAUAUUGGACACCAAUUAAUGCGAAACAAGUAGAAGCUGCCAAUCAAGAAGGAUAUAAAUUAAAACCUUCCGGAAUAGAGUCAGUUACCGGAAGAGCUCUUCAAGCUAUAGUAGGAGCUAUUUAUCAUGAUCAGGGAGAUUACGCUGCAAGAGAAUUUGUUGAUAAACAUAUCUUGACAGCACCGAUAAUUUAUCAAUCAAUUAAUAAGAAUUUUAAUUUUUGGAGUAAAAAUUAUUAA